GUAUCCAGGUCGUUGGAUCGGGAUAUGUACUGUACUGAAAUUAUUGCUUAUAUGAUACAAGUCUUAUAGAGCUGCUUGAAAAUACGUCGCCAUGGCUAAACAAAGUUCAAUUUUCAAAUUUUUUACAAAGUCGCCGCCUCCUGUUGCUAAGGCUAAAUCGAGUCCCUCUCCUGUCGAGGCAGAUUUACCUUCUUCGGUUCACAGAUCCAAUACUUCUCCUAAAGAGGAAGCUAAACAUGUAACUACAGAAACUAAGAAAACUGCGUCAAAAGCUAAUAAAACUCCGGCUAAAGCUGUCCAGGGCACACUCCUCGGAGGCAAAGCGCCUGCUACAAAAGAAAGCACUCCAUGUAAAUUCAGUGGAGGGUCUUUGGUAUGGGCCAAGCUGGAGGGACACCCUUGGUGGCCCUGUAUGGUGGUGCCACAACCCCUCAGUGGUGAACAGAUUCGAGGAAGUGGUAAAAAUCAAAGACUUCACGUUCAUUUCUUUGACGAGCCUCCCACUAGAGGCUGGGUCAGCAUGAAGUACAUCCGCGAGUACCAAGGAUCUGACAGCAGUGAUGCCAAGGCAGGAGGUGUAUUCUUCAGUGGCAAACCUGUAAUACGUAGAGCAAUGGAACUGGCAGACCGUGUAAUGUCAGAUAGUCCUGGGCAGAGGCUGAAGAUGCCAAUCUGUAUGGACCCUUCUGAUGAGGAAGACGAUGAUGAGGAGGAGAUGGAGGUGGACAAACCCACCCCAUCUGAUGAGGAGUUGUCUGCGGAGGACACUGAGCAGUCUAAAGCCAGUAGGCGGUCCUCUCGCUCUGUGGCAGAGAAAUGUCAAAAGCCAAAGCGGCGACGUAUCGUAGUUGCCUCAGAUAGUGAGGGGUCAGACGAAGAAUUUAAACCUAGCCAGGCAGAGGGCAGCAGUGACGAUGAGGAUGAAGAUGGGAUUAGCAGUGGAGUUGAAGAGGAAGAAAGUGAACCAGAGACUGAACCAGACAGCCCUGUGAAGCCAGUAAAACGCAAACGUGCUGCAGACAAGCCAGCCAAAUCAAAGAGCAAGUCUAUACCUGCAGAAACACCUAAAAGAACCUCUGGCACACUUUUCUCCGUCGCAGUCGACACCAAGUCUAAGCUAUCUGCUUUCUCCGCUCCUGACAAUUUUGAGAGCCAGUCAGGUGCUGCAGGGGGUGUGGAUGGGGGAUCCACGAUUUGGGACCAUGAAAAACUAGACUGGCUGCAGGAUGGCAGAAGGAAAGACGCCAAGAGGAGACGUCAGACAGAUCAGGACUAUGAUCCCACCACGCUCUACGUACCUGAGGACUUCUUAAACCGGACUACGCCUGGCAUGCGCCGUUGGUGGCAGCUGAAGUCAGAGAUGUUUGACACCGUCAUCUUCUACAAGGUGGGCAAGUUUUACGAACUCUACCAUAUGGAUGCAGUGAUUGGUGUCAACGAGCUUGGACUCACCUUCAUGAAGGGGACCUGGGCACAUUCGGGCUUUCCUGAAAUCGGCUUUGGCCGUUUUUCUGAUGUGUUGGUGCAGAAAGGCUACAAAGUGGCUCGGGUGGAGCAGACCGAGACCCCUGAGAUGAUGGAGGCACGUUGUAAAAUGAUGGUGCGUCCCACCAAGUUUGAUCGUGUGGUUCGCCGAGAGGUUUGCCGGAUUAUCACACGUGGCACGCAGACUUACAGCGUGCUCGACGGCGCCCCCUCUGAGUGUCAGAGUAAGUAUUUGCUGAGCAUGAAAGAGAAGGCAGAGGGGGAGAGCACAGGCCAUGGGCACAUCUAUGGAGUCUGUUUCAUUGAUACCUCUGUGGGUCGCUUUCACGUAGGGCAGUUCCAUGACGACCGCCACUGUUCACGUUUGCGCACUUUGGUGGCACAUUAUUCCCCUGCUCAGGUGCUCUUUGAGAAGGGAAACCCAUCAGCAGAGACUCGUAAAAUCUUAAAGGCUGUGCUAUCCUCUGCCAUGCAGGAAGGGUUGAAUGCUGGUUCACAGUUCUGGGAUGCUCAGAAGACAUUGAAGACCCUAGCAGAAGAGGACUAUUUUAAAGAAAGUAAAGGGUCGGAUGAUGAAGCAGGGGGAGUGACCUUGCCCUCUGCCCUUAGGGCAAUGACCGCUGAGACUGACUCUCUGGGCCUUACCCCAAAGGAAGGAUAUGAGCUUGCCUUGUCUGCUCUUGGUGGUUGUGUGUUCUAUCUGAAGAAAUGUUUGGUUGACCAGGAGCUUCUCUCCAUGGCCAACUUUGAAGAGUAUAUUCCAGUGGAUGUAGAGAUGGAGCAGUCAGAUAGGGCAUCAAGCUUCUUUGCCAAGACCCGUCAGCGCAUGGUCUUGGAUGGAGUAACCUUAGCCAACCUUGAGAUCCUUCAGAGUGGGUCAACUGGUGGCAUAGAGGGCACUCUCCUGGAGCGUUUGGAUACCUGUUGCACUCCCUUUGGGAAAAGGCUCCUUAAACAAUGGCUAUGUGCCCCCCUCUGCAAUCCUAACUCCAUUGGAGAUCGCCUGGACGCUCUAGAGGAUCUCAUGGGGAUUCCAGCCCAGGCCACAGAGGUUACAGAGCUUCUGAAGAAGCUUCCAGAUCUUGAGAGGCUCCUGAGUAAGAUCCACAGCAUUGGCACCCCUCUGAAAGGUCAGGAUCACCCCGACGGCCGGGCCAUUCUGUAUGAGGAGGUUGUGUACAGCAAACGCAAGAUUGCUGACUUCCUCUCAGCCCUGGAGGGCUUCAAGGCCAUGCUGCAGAUCGUGGCCACCUUGGAGCCUGUUGCAGAUGAAUUCAAGUCCAAACUUCUUUGUCAGGUGGUGGUUCUGAAAUCAAAGAAUGACGAAGGGCUCUUUCCUGACCUCUCCCAAGAGCUCAAACGCUGGGAUACAGCUUUUGAUCACCAGAAAGCUCGCAGCACUGGUGUCAUCACCCCAAAGGCUGGUUUUGACCCAGAGUACGAUCAGGCUCUCACUGGAAUCAAGGACUGUGAGAGGGGCCUACAGGAGUACUUGGACAAGCAGAAAAAGAGGCUUGGGUGCAAGACUUUGCAAUACUGGGGCACUGGUAGGAACCGCUAUCAAAUGGAGGUUCCAGAUAGUAUCUCAGACCGGAACAUUCCAGAAGAGUAUGAGGUGAGGUCCACUAAAAAGGGCUGGAAAAGGUAUUCAACUCCAGAGACCGAGCGCUUGUUUUCAGAAUUGCAGAGCUGGGAGGAGAAGAGGGAUGCAGCAUUGAAAGACUGCAUGAGAAGGCUCUUCUACAACUUUGACAAGAACUACAGAGAAUGGCAGACAGCUGUAGAGUGCAUGGCUGUGCUUGAUGUGCUGUUGUGCAUGGCCCGAUACAGCCAAGGUGGAGAUGGACCAAUGGCCAGGCCAGAGGUGGUUCUCCCACGUAAUGACCCUCAAUCUGUACCUUUCCUGGAUCUCAGAGGGUCUCGCCACCCCUGCGUGACCAAAACUUUCUUCGGGGACGAUUUCAUUCCCAACGACAUCUUCAUCAGCUGUCCUGGCACUGAGGAUGAAGAUGGUCAGGAUAAGGAGAAAGCCCUUGCCCCAUGUGUGCUUGUCACUGGGCCAAAUAUGGGCGGCAAGUCUACCCUCAUGAGACAGUGUGGACUGGUGGUAAUCCUGGCCCAGCUUGGCUGUUAUGUUCCAGCUGAAAGUCUUCGCUUUACUCCUGUUGACAGAGUCUUCACUCGCCUUGGUGCCUCUGAUCGCAUAAUGUCAGGGGAGAGCACAUUCUUUGUGGAGCUGAGUGAGACAGCAAGUAUCCUCCUGCAUGGAACAACACAUUCUCUUGUUCUCCUGGAUGAGCUAGGCAGGGGUACGGCAACGUAUGAUGGCACAGCCAUUGCCAGCGCUGUGGUGAAAGAGCUGUCAGAGAGAAUUCGCUGCCGUACACUGUUCUCCACACACUACCAUUCACUGGUGGAGGAUCAUGCCAAAGACCCUGCAGUCAGACUGGGUCACAUGGCUUGUAUGGUAGAGAAUGAGUGUGAAGACCCCAGUCAGGAGACCAUUACAUUCCUGUAUAAGUUCAUUGGAGGAGCUUGUCCCAAAAGCUAUGGCUUCAACGCUGCCCGACUGGCAAGCCUUCCAGAGGAGGUCAUCCAAUCAGGACAUCAGAAAGCAAGAGAAUUUGAGAGGAGCACUGUAGCCCUCAGGCUCUUCAAGAAACUGUGUUCUUUUGCUGAAGACCCAACGGCAGAUGGUGGGCAGUUUGCUACCUUAGUUCAGAUCAUAAAAGAACUGUAAUCCAUCAAU